CACAACUAACUUGAUUCCAUCGUGAGGACAUCAAAGGUCAGAAACCGCCAAUAAUAAGUCUUUGGUAGAGAGUUUUGGGCCUUGCACUAGGGCUUUCUACAGGAUUUUGCCCAGGACCUGCCUCGGCCCUUGAUUGUGGGUGCAUAGGCUUUAACACGAUGCACACAAAUAAACUUGAAUGGAUUUCUUCAAAUGCAUAAAUAUGUAAAGCAUAAACUCAGGCGCCCACUAUUGCACUGCACAUUUGCGUUUCCUUAUUUCGUUGAAGAUCACAAAAGGUACAGUUGCCUUAAAUAUUGGUCGGUGCACGAACGAUUUACUAUAGACAAUUGUUCUAAAAUUACCAUAUGCUGCCUUAAAUAGCGCUGAUCUGGAACAAACCUCUUUUUUCUAAUGUUGAUACUGCAUACUGUCAAACUGAUUGCACAUCAGAUACAUCGUACAUGGAUCAUGAGGUCCUGGAGCGUAUACUUGAUGGAAGAGAGAAGCCGACAAAUCUAUCACUUGCACUUUUGAAGGAUAUCACAGAAAAUUUCUCAGAUGAUCGAGAAAUCGGUCACGGUGGAUUUGCAACUGUUUAUAAGGGAGUGGUUCGUAAUGGGAACGUUGCUGUUAAAAGGAUAAGGAACAGUCAUUCAAUCAAUGAGACUUUAUUUUAUCGAGAAGUCGACAGCCUGUUGAACAUUAAACAUAAAAAUGUCGUACGCUUUCUUGGCUUCUGUGCUAGCACAGAUCAGAUAGCCAUACAAAUUGCAGGAUCAAAACGACAUAUUUAUGCUGAGGUAAGAGAAAGACUACUCUGUUUUGAGUAUAUCAGCAAUGGAAGUCUACAAAAGUAUGUUACUGAUGAAUUAAGAGGACUGGAAUGGAAUACACGCUAUGGAAUAAUUAGAGGAAUCUGUGAAGGUUUGCAUCAUCUGCACACGGAGAAGCACAUAUAUCAUAUGGAUUUGAAACCUGGCAAUAUACUACUAGAUAAUGAUAUGGUGCCGAAAAUCACAGAUUUCGGUUUAUCAAGACUUGAUGAAAAGUCAAAAACCAUGAGUGAAGACCGUCUCGGAUCACUAGGAUAUUGUGCUCCAGAGUACAUAUCUGAAGGGAAAAUGUCAUUCAAAUCAGACAUGUACAGUUUGGGCAAAAUAAUCAUUGAGCUAGUGACGGGAGGAAAGGAGAUCCUCAAUAAUAGCAACACUGUACUUAGGAGAUGGAGACACAGAUGGAAAAAAUCAGGAAAGGAAACACCAUUGGUCUACCAACAAGUAGCAAAAUGCAUCGAAAUUGGGUUACUCUGCCAAGAACGUGAACCAUCCAAGCGGCCCUUUAUAUGGGAUAUAAUAAAUGAUAUCAGCCACAUGGAAGUUUUAAACGAGGAAAUCAACAAUGCCAACGAAUAUACAUCUGGGAAGAUAAGCUCUUGCCUAGAGGAGGAUGAUAUGCUUGGAAUUGAGCCACUCAAACUACAUUUCCCUUUUGCCCUUAACAAACAGAUGUCAUGCGAGAUUCAGCUAACCAAUGAGACAGACUCUUACAUUGCCUUCAAUGUCCAAAAUAUGAGCCCCAAGUCAUACAACACACAACCACAGAAAGACAUUAUGCCACCACGGUCCAAGUGUAACAUUGAAAUAACACUGCAGGCACAAGGCAAUGUGCCAAUAGAUAUGCAGCGUGCCAAUGAGUUUGUUGUGUGGAGCACCAAAGUGAAUGAUGGUAUUGCAUUUGAGGAUAUUACUAAAAGCAUGUUCAUCAAAGAGACAGUCAAUGUGGUUGAUGAGGUGAAUUUAGAUGUGGUUUUUGAUGUAAGUGGGCCACAAGAAGCAAGUGACAAAAUUAGUGAGCAGACAAUGCCACCUUUAAUACAGAUCAUAGAUGAUACAGCUGGGAAAAUCUAUUGCAUAGAUGCACAUCAGAAAGAGCCGUUCAUUAUAGUGGGUACCUCACUUGGGAAUGUUAAGACAUGGAACUAUGACACACAGGCAAGUUACUGUAUUGCUUUGGUAGUUACUAUUUAAGACAAAGAAAGAAAUUUAUUACCUCGUGCCCUCUGUACAAAAAAGAUGCUCGCAGCCCAAGCAAUUUUGAUUUUAUUCAUAAGAGCAUAUGCAGUUUCUUUUGAUUGCCAAAUACCAGGAAAAGCCUGUGUUUGGUGAUGGUAGAUGGCAAAUGUUUUUACCCACUGUUUUCUCAUGGCAGUAUUUCAGCAGUUAUUGAGUGUGUAUUUAGGUCAUAUUUGCUUACAUUGGACUAACAAUUUAGUCAGUUGUGUUUACUGGCAGAAAGUGGCCGGUUUGACUAAGGUCUCAGCAGAACCUGGCAAGCUCUCUGACUUGUUUGUCGACAUAAGUUUCUUUCACCAUAUGUACACUGAUAUGCUAAUAAGAUGAUAGUUCUCACUGCAGUUACGGAUGUUAAGUUCAUUGCACGAAAGGGAUGGUUUGUGGCAGUGUCAUCUGACUGUGUCGUCCAUGUGUACCACUACGAAAAGGAAAUGCGAAAAGUCACGAGUUUCAGAGCUCUGGGUCGUGCAGACGUUUGGUGUACAUUAGCCGUUCAUCCAACCCAGCCGUAUGUGCUGUCAGGAUGUGCUACGGAAAUAAAGCUUUGGGACCUGAAUUGCAUACAGACAUUUGAAGAGCACUCGGCUGCUAUCAUGGCCCUGAAAUUUAACCCGGAGGACACCAACAGUUUUGCAAGUGCUUCGCAUGAUACUACAAUAAAGGUUUGGAGUAUUGAUUCUCCCAAAUCCAAGUAUACUUUGUUUGGGCAUAGGCAUGUAGUGAACUUCCUGGAUUUCUUCACGCGUGAUGGUCAGCAGUAUUUGAUUAGUGGCUCUUGGGAUGCGACUGCCAAGAUAUGGGACAUGGACAAGAAGGAGUGCGUUCAUACACUUGAACAUGAGUCUGCAGUUUUUCAGGUCGUUUCCCAUCCCAAUCUUCCAGUUCUAAUUACAGGUACAAAGGAUGGUGAUGUUCAUGCGUGGAGCUCAAAUGAUUUCAGGCUCAAGAGAAUACAUAACUUUCAUGAUAGUGGAUGGGUUGUGGGUCUCGCAUGUUUGGUGGGAUCAGGAAGGCUUGUAGUUGCACACAAAACUGGAGUGUCGUUGAUGGAAAUUCGUGAUGAAGAAGAACAAGGUGGUAGCACAGGCAGCAAUGAGAAUUCCUUAUCAGCGACAAAUUUGGAAAUCCAAAGCUAGUACCACUUUGGAGUAUAACUCAUUUUUCUCGAAGUGAUACAUAUGGCACGUCUACGUAGUUGACCAUCAUGUCCAGCAUCACGAAUUCCUAGAUCUGGAAUUUGAACUAUUGCUUUUUGGAGAUGAAAAGUGUCGCUCGGAGCUCAACAACCAGCCAACUCUCUCACAGAGGUGGGCAUUAUCUAGAUUGUGUGUAGAAGAUGAUGGUUUCAUGAAGAUUAGUUAUUUUUGCUCGAGAGUGAAAGGGUAUAUACAUUUGCUUGAAAAUGGUCUAGGUGAUGACUUCUGAAUGAAGAGAUACGCUAUAAAGUAACAAUCUCA